AUGAAGUGUAUUAAAUCUAUGAUUACUAGUAUCAUUUAUACCAUGUUUAUUAUUCUAUCUAUGAAUGAAGUUUGUUAUGGACAAGAAGAACCUUCUUCUGAUGUUACUCCAAUGGAGAAACAAGAACUUGAAGCUUUGUACUCAACCAUUCAAGGCUUUGUUGGUGAUUCAUGGAAUGGCUCAUCUCUCUAUCCAGAUCCUUGUGGUUGGUCUCCUAUUCAGGGAGUUUCUUGUGACAUUUUCAAUGGAUUUUGGCCAGAAUUAUUUAGCCUCAAGUACCUAAAAGUUCUAUCAUUCUUCAAUUGCUUUCAAUCACCAAAUAGUCUUCCGGUUUCAAUUCCUACCGGAAACUGGGAGAAAUUAUGUGAGAAUUUAGAGACAAUUGAGUUUAGAUCGAAUCCCGGUCUGAUCGGAAGCAUUCCUUCGUCUUUCGGUGUCCUCAAGAAUCUUGAAUCAAUGGUUUUACUGGAGAACGGUUUAUCCGGUAGAAUACCAUUAGAAAUUGGAAAACUUGUCAAAUUGAAGAGACUUGUUUUAUCAGGAAACAAUUUCAGUGGCAGUGUUCCGGAUAAUUUUGGUGGGUUAAGAGAUUUAUUAAUCUUAGAUUUAAGUAGAAAUUCGUUAUCCGGGAAGUUGCCGUCGACAUUCGGGAACAUGAUUUCGAUUUUGAAGAUUGAUGUUAGUCAUAAUUUUCUUGAAGGAAUGUUGAUUAAUGAGUUUUCAAGUUUGAAGAAUUUGACACUAUUGGAUUUAAGGAACAAUAGAUUCUGUUGUGGACUGGUGAGUUCUUUGCAAGAGAUGUAUUCUUUGGAGGAAUUGGUUUUGUCAAAUAAUCCAUUAGGUGGUGAUAUGAGGAAUUUGAAAUGGGGGAAUCUGAAAAAUUUGGUGAUUUUGGAACUCUCUAACAUGGAAUUGAGAGGUCAAAUUCCUGAGUCAUUAUUUGAGUUGAAGAAAUUGAGAUUUUUGGGACUUAAUGAUAAUAAUCUUACAGGUGAGAUUCAAUUUUCAAAAGGCUUUUUUGGUAAAUUGGGGAGGCGUUUUGGUGCUUGGAGUAAUCCUAAACUUUGUGUUCCUGUUGCUCUUAUGUCAUCAAACAAUGUUCCAUUUGGGGUGAAGCCAUGUCAUCAACAACAAGAGGUUCAUUUGGUGAAAGCUAAUGCAAGAAAACAGAUUCUCAAUGGUGAUAUCAAUAUGAAGAACAACACUUCCAAUUUCAUACCCUCUAUGGGAUUUUCUACUUCUGCAAAUUCUUGUUUUUCGUCCAUUUUUAUCAUUUUCGGUUUACUGUUUAAUCUAUGUAACUUGGGAGUUUGA